AUGGCGCGCCGUCCUGCCAGAUGCUACCGGUACUGCAAGAACAAGCCGUACCCGAAGUCGCGGUUCAAUCGUGGUGUGCCGGACCCCAAGAUUCGCAUUUUCGACCUCGGCCGCAAGCGUGCUACCGUCGACGACUUCCCUCUUUGCAUCCACCUCGUCUCCAACGAGUAUGAGCAGCUGAGCUCCGAAGCCCUUGAGGCCGCCCGCAUUUGCGCCAACAAGUACCUCGUCAAGAUGGCCGGCAAGGAAGGCUUCCACCUCCGUGUCCGCGCCCACCCGUACCACGUCGUCCGUAUCAACAAGAUGUUGUCUUGCGCCGGUGCCGAUAGACUGCAGACGGGUAUGCGUGGUGCGUGGGGCAAGCCUAACGGCACUGUCGCCCGUGUCAACAUCGGUCAGAUCAUCAUGAGCGUCCGCACUCGUGACUCUAACCGCGCCAUCGCCCUCGAGGCCCUCCGCCGCUCUCAGUACAAGUUCCCUGGCCGGCAAAAGAUCAUCAUCUCCAAGAACUGGGGCUUCACUCCCCUUCGCCGCGAGGAGUACUUGGAGAAGAAGGCCGCUGGCCGCGUCAAGGUCGAUGGUGCUUAUGUCCAGUUCCUGACCAACCACGGCAGCCUCGAGACCAACAUGAAGCGCUUCCCGGAGGCCUUUAGCGCAUAA